CUCGCACCAGUCUCGGCUGAACAGUCGAAGCGGGCGGACGGUCCAUUCGACAUCAAAUCUUACAUUUUAUGUACUAAUUUAUUGUGAUUUAAUACUUCUGCUGUCCAGUCAUCGCGUAAGAUAUGUCCCCGUACAGAGUGGCAGCCUGCGCUGUGCUGCUAGCUAUAUGCUGCACACCAUCCGUUGUUCUGUCUCUAGACUUGAACAAGCUAUACGGACAUCAUACUAAGCGAUCUGAAUAUUGUCAUCCAUACGAGCCGUUUAAGUGCCCCGUGGAUGGGAACUGUAUAUCCAUCCAAUAUCUUUGCGACGGCGCUCCCGACUGCAUUGAUGGCUAUGAUGAGGAUUCCAAACUGUGUACUGCAGCAAAACGACCGCCAGUAGAAGAGACAGCGUCGUUUCUUCAAUCGCUUCUGGCAUCCCACGGCCCUAAUUACCUGGAAAAAUUAUUCGGCAGUAAAGCCAGAGAUGCUCUUGAACCACUUGGAGGUGUCGAGAAAGUUGCUAUUGCUCUAUCAGAAUCACAAACUAUCGAGGAUUUCGGAGCAGCGCUUCAUUUGAUGAGAUCUGACCUGGAACACCUUCGCUCUGUAUUCAUGGCUGUUGAGAACGGUGACCUUGGCAUGCUGAAGUCCUUGGGCAUCAAGGACAGUGAGCUCGGUGACGUCAAAUUCUUCCUGGAGAAGCUGGUGAACACCGGUUUUCUCGACUGAAUAGCGCCGGAGUCAGCCUCUGACUACUACCACGUCGUCCAAUUUGGUCCCAUCAGCUCCUCAUUCUACAGUUACCUUCCCUACGACUCCCAUAAGUAUAAGAGAAAUUAAUAUUUCUCUCUGUAUACCCGAGAGAAUGAUGUAUGUUUGUAAGCAUAGUUGUUCGUCAUCAGUAUCGUUCUGCAACCGGCCACGUAGAUCGAUUUGAUGCGAGCCAUUUUAUAUUAGUUUUUUUUUUUAUUUAUGAAAACUUUAAAGAUAUAUCGUAUUUGUCGUUCCAUGUCUUUUAAACCAUAGGAUAGUUGGUGAUAUUAAUUUUUCUGAUAGCAGUAGGUUAAGAAUGUAAAUUUAUUUUUUUAUAUUUUAUGAUUUUUUUGAUGCAGUUUCGAAAACUGUAUCUGAAAGUUAUGAUCAGGGAAAAUUCUCGCGUCUAUAUCAUGAAUGCGUAAAUGGUAAAAUUAAGAGGCAGUAAGACUGUGACGUCAUUUUCCAUCAAUCUCAAGCGUGAGUUUUAUUUCUCUCUGAAACCAUUCAAGUGUAACUUUUGGCAAGGUAGGACAGAUCUAAAAUAUCGCAUAUCGUGACCCUGUUCAUAACUUUUUCAAUUAGAAUGCGAAUGAGUGUAUAAAUGUCGCUCUAAAUCCUAAAACUUUCUCCUAAAAAGACGAUGUCAGAGGCGACUCCAUUAAAACGUCAAUGUCCACGAGAUAAAGCUUACGAAAAAAAAUCUCUUUAUUCUUAGAUGGAAAGAUAAAACCAAGUAAAGAAUGCAUGCGCUUUGUAUUUGGCUUUUGGAAACAUCCAAAGUAGGACCAUAAAUACAUAUCAUAGUAAUUUAGAUGUCUACUAAAUCGUAGAUAAAAAAAAACAUUAGUGGAUAUAGGACAAUUAUUUUAAUAUGAUCGGUAUUGUAGUGUUUAUGAAACAUUUUAGAUUUCUUUAAUAUGUAGUGAAACUCGAUACAUAUCAGCGUCGGAGGUGCUCCGAAAACACAUACAUAUCAAAAUUAUGUGAUUUAAUAAAUGUUAGUGUGUUAUAUUUAAUAAUAUAUACAUUAAAUAAAUCUAGUAGUGCAUAUCUCUCUAUCUUUAUGGCUAUUGUUAAGAUAUUUGGUCCGUCAGAGGAUUUGUAUUUGUUGAAACUUUUGUCAAAUGCGGGCUAUGAAACAACGAAAAUCGUGUAAGGUCACAUUUGAUCGGACGUAACAUCUGUAAGGUUUGGAAAGAUGUUGUUAAAUGUAAGCAAAAAUGUCAGAGUGAAAGUAUGUCAUGAUGGAUUCUAUAUCAAUAUCACUAUACGAUUGCGAAGCCUGUGUUUGUCAAGAGUAAGCAAACCGUGGGGAUUUGCUUGAGAACAUCUCAGCUCUGCAUCAAGGCAGCCUUGAAACUAAAUGUCUAUAAAUGAAGGGUAAGGUAUAUUUAACUUUCGUCAAAUCUCUAUAUACCUAGCUAUAAGAAAGUUACCAAUAUGAAUCUUUUAAAUCUAUUACCUACGUUUUGAUCUAAGUAUAUGGCUUUUCCUUGAAACAAAUAUAUAAUAAAUGAAUCAUCUUGAAA